GUGUUCAAUGACUUGGUUCGCCAAAUCAACAACCGAACACCAAAGCCAUCGCUGACACCACCACCACCACUACUACCAGCAGUAGACAAAUGUCUUUUCUCCAACAGCCAACUCUCUCACUCUUCCAAUGUGUUUCCCCAAUGCCGUCUCCUGAAAAUUCACCUUAUUGUUGGUCUCCCUCCUUUAUUUGUCCAAACCCCCUUUCGAUUAGGACGAUUUGGAUUUCGUCGUCUUUUCACUCUCAAUACCCCCUUCCCUAUUGUUCUUUGA